AUGUCGGGUGCAAGGUGGGCAGGCAAUGAUCCAUCCAUCUCGCCUGCUACGGCACAAAAGAGUGGCCAGGGACUCUGGCCAAAAUUAGGCUUUUUUAGGAAGCAGCAAGACGUGCGCUUGUCGCAAUUCGUUGACCCUCAAAUUAUUCAGGAGGGACCUAGCUCUGCUGAUAACUCGCGUCUCGACGUAAUUGAUCAACUCGAUAUUUCGGGUCUAACAGGCGGCUCUCUGUUUCACCACGAUUCUCCGUAUGACGCUUGUUCACCACAAUUCAACCGGGGGAAUAACCGGAAGGCUCCUAUCAACGCCUUUGAUCGUUCUGAAGAUCCUAUCACGAAUGCCCUGCUUGAACAUCAUAGGAUGCGCGAAGAAGGACAAAUGCAUGAGACCCCGGCUGAUCUACCGAAUGGCCAGGAAGACUAUGAAUCGCGUGACCCAUAUGCUGUACCGCAGGGCAUGGGUUACGACGGUCCCACAGAUGCUGACAAUCCUAACAGUGAAUAUUUUGGUGUGGCCACAGAACCGUGGCAGGAGUUUUCUAAUCCUAUAACGUCCGCACAUAAUGCCAGUCGAUCAAAAAACCCUACUGGUGGCACAAAAGCAGAGAAUCAAUUCGGGGACAUGGAGGCCAUUCUUCGUGGUGGCCGUCGGUCAGAGCCACGCGUGCCGGCGUAUGAGUCGGUGUCUCAAACUUCUGCUUCGCAGGUUGAGCCAGAAACAACCAAAUAUAACUACCGGGAAGGUCGAAGACCAUCCUUAUUCAGAAGUCGCUCCAUGUCGCGCUCCAAAAGCCUCGCCUCUCGUUUUCGCCGCCAUCAUGCCGAACCUGAGCCAUUGCGUCAAGAACCGCCAGCCCAGGUAGCAUCACAUGUGCCAACACAGCAAUUACAGCCUGCUACAUUGGGACAACCUGACUCCUUGAUGAACCAGGGCCUAGCACCACCCAUAAGCGGUGCAUCAAACCCUGCACCCACCACUACUGCUCUGUACAACCAAAUUGAAGCCGGCAGGUACCAUGAUGCAUCUUCCCUCAAUAUGAAAGGCGAUACUUCAAAUGUAGCCACAGGCAUAGCUCAGUCGAGCUACAUGGAUGAACCUGCCUAUGUGUACGGCUCAGCAUACACGCGCUCGUCGCGACGACAUUAUACAGAAGCACCUGAGCCGCCUCCUAAGCAGACUGGCUUGUCGGACGAACCGUCUAGUAUGGCGCAGACGAAUGACCAAUCGCUUUUGAAUGCCGAAGCUGGGAAGGCCAACCGCGCUCCCACAGGGCCCGCAGGUUCGGAUCCCCUACGUCGUGGACUACGUCGCUUAGCAUCUAUCGGCCGCUCAAGAUCUCGGCGCUCGCCAUAG